AUGGAGGAUCCUGGUGUUAAGAACAACAACACUACGCCGACUGAGCGCAAGUCGCCGUCUCCAGCGUCAAUACCGACACAGGCGCACACAUCCUCUGAAGGAGCCGACACCACAGCCGCGCCAUCAGCAAAUCGAGCAACUCCUGCUGGAGCUUCCUCGGAUGAACCGCCUGCAUCCGAUUCUGUUCCUCAACCCAAGCAAGAGAAUGGUGUUUCGCACGAAACCGAGGGUGCAUCCAGUCGAAGCGGCGGAGCUGAGCAGCCGGACAAAGGCGAACAAACGCCACCUAGUUCCCUCCAGUCUUGGGUCUCAGGUCUUGGCUCCAUGAUAGUCGUGGUCCACUGGCUCUACGCCUCUGUGCCGCAUCAAUUGAUUUGGUGGCUUUGUGCACCCUUCAGCCCAUUCGCAAACUAG